ACAUGCUGUAAUUUGUAAAAUCAAGUUUCCUAGCCUUGCCAAGUGAAGCGGUAACAUGUCAAAAAAAAAAAAAAAAAAGUUUGCUCUUACAAUAAUGUGGAGAUUUUCAAUGACAUAAUUACUGUGUUCUUCUGAUAGAAUGAGAAGACAUUGAAACAAAUCUCCUCUAUUUUCAUUCAAACGUUGAAAUAAUCCAGUUUUUCCCCUUUUAAUCAAAGUGUCAUUGAUGAACAAAUGUAGUCCACUAGUAUUAUUGUUUAAGUACAUUUUCAAAAGGACCUUCAAUACACAGCGCUCGAGGAGAAGAAUUAAUGUUUUCACACCUUUUGACGCACAAAGGACUGUUGGUUUCGAUACACUACGACCCAGGGACAUGUAUCCCUUCAUGGAUCACAGGGGCACUUCAAAGACCCAAAGGACCUCACAGGCCAUCAAAAGACUGCAAGUUUCUAUAAAUCAACUUAGACGGCCAGUCAGAACUCAUGAAGUUCACUUUCCAGAGGACGGUGUAGGAGAAGGAUCUCAGGGACAGUGUUUCUUCUCAGCGUGGUGGAUUGUUAACCUAGGUCUGACAUGAGGCGGUUUGUCUGCGGGGUCCUGAGCGCAGUCCUCGCGCUCUGGGUCGGUCUGGUGAGCUCCACGGCGUCGUUUCCUGGAUUCCACGAGGCGUUCAAGAACAGGAUGCGUGCACCUGGCAAACACGGCGGAGGUCAGGCGGGUCACAGCCGACACACGAACAGAUAUCCGCUUUAUAUGCUGCACCUCUACCGGACCCUUCUAACCGGAGACGACAAACACAUGAGCCAUGAAAAUCCAACUCUGUACGAGUCCGAUUCGGUCUUGAGUCUCGUUGCCAAGAGUUGCCAUCAGGUUGGUGACAAACUAGCCGUGACAUUUGACAUGUCCUCCAUAUCAGCAGGCGACAACGUCCAGCGGUCCGAGCUUCGCAUUCGCCUUCCAGAAUUCUCCUCUGAGAUGAAAGUGGACAUCUAUCACGCAUCCAAACGUGAGUGCGACCAAAGCCCUUGCGACGAAGUAAGGAUUCACCUCGGCACUGUGAAAGCCAAACCAAUUGACUCAACCUCCCAUUCCUCCUGGAGGGUCUUCAACAUCACAACGCUGCUCAAGUACUGGUUACACCAAGGUGAGAGCGUGUUCUCAGAGGAACCCAUUCAGAUGCCCGCAAGCUCUGAGGGCGAGGGGCAUGAAAACAUCCAGCAUCUGACAGCCAACAGGGUCAUGAUGGUGGUUUACUCCAAGCAGAACCAGGCAAAGACAUCCACCCUCAUCCAGACGGCAGAGCACUCCAAGUACGUAGCUCUGGACCGGGCUGGUGGUGGAGGUGAACCUGUGCCCCGGCGUCACAGGAGGAACCAUCGGACCGAAGACAAAGUGCGUGACGCAGCAGCCAAUGUGAUUCCAGUUGUUUUGCAAGAAGAGGAGAAGAAAUCUCUCUGCAGGAAGGUGGAUAUGUGGGUGGACUUUGAUCAGAUUGGUUGGAGUGACUGGAUUGUUUAUCCGAAGCGUUAUAACGCCUAUCGGUGUGAAGGUAGCUGUCCUACACCUGUAGAUGAGAGCUUCACCCCAACCAACCAUGCCUACAUGCAGAGUCUGCUGAAGCUGCACCACCUAGACCGCGUCCCAUGCUUGUCCUGCGUACCCACCCGUCUGACUCCACUCUCAAUGCUCUACUAUGAGAACGAAAAGAUGGUCAUGAGACACCACGAAGGGAUGGUUGUAGGAGAAUGUGGCUGCCACUGAGUCUCCAAAACCCAAUUGAACUCAACUCUAGCACUUUGGAUAUGUUCCUUAAAUCCAGAAAUACAAAUGAAGAAAAAUUGCUUUAAUUUGUACAGUAUUUUCACUUGGAAUCACAAGGUAUCCUGCACUGAGGCACCUGGAUUACUUAUUGCUAUUUUUGAAAGCUUUGUGUGUUUGCCUAAUUUGUAAAUAGUAGAGUAUGUAAAUUACCAAAUUUAAUAAAAGUGUUCAUGAUGUAAUAAAUGUAUUUUGUUUUUGUUUUUUUGGAAAAUCAGCACAUGAAUAAGGAAAACAUAUAAAUUCUCUGGUGUUUAUUUAUUUUUUUAUUUUUUUAUGCUUAAAUGUCCCUUCAGAAAUAAAAGGGGGCAGUUUUAAAGAACUUGACAGCCAAAAAAA